UGUUUCCAACCUUGUGAUUCUAUGAUUCUAUGAUUCUUUGAUUCAAAGAGAGAGAAGAAAACGACAGCACACAAGACAUUUCUUCCCAAAGAAAUACUGAAAGCUUGCAAGCCCACCGCUCCCUGCACUUUCACACCAUGCAUUUCACUGCUCAAAUCCCAAACCAUUCCUGCUUCAAAUCCUUCACCUAUGACUUCAAUAUUUCUGCAAAUGAGGCACUCGGUGUCAAAGCUCAGGGCCAGGUGGGGAGCCUGAGAAGAAUUUCCUUACUUUUGCGGUUUGUCAGCCACUAAAUUUGUUUGAGGUUUCUUACUGUCGUCUUCAAAGUGUUCUGCGAUGCCUCUCUCGUGUGCUUUGUGGAGAGCUCUCAGCAUUUUCCAGGCCCAGGACGGAAUGCCUCCUGCACAAGGACGGUUUGCUACGCGCUGAAUCCCGGAGGCUGCAGUUAAUUUUGCUUCCUUCUGCUGAAGCAAACGGCGGAGUGCCUGAAGUUGCAUCUUCUCAUUUAAAGCGCAAAUUGAUUUCGACAGAAAACAGCCAAAGGGUGUUGUUUUAUUCAUUUAGGGCCCUCUGAGCCAUCUUGCUGCUCUCUGAUAGCUAAGGGUCAGAUUUUACAACAGGAGGAGAUGCUAGAUGGUGAAAUAGGAGGAAAUCAUUAAAGAGCAGCAAGCCCAGCCCGUCGCCCUGACACCUGAUUGUGAGAGCGGGGACUUCUCACCAGCCAGCACCAGCAGCACCUCCACAUGAUGUUGGACAUGGCCACCAUGGCCAGGCCAUGGCUCUGGCUCUGGCUCUGGCUCUGCCUGCAGCUCCCAGGUUUCUGUACAAAUCUACUUUCAUCCCAGACUCCAGGGCGUAUCUUAGCCCAAACAAACAACAGCACAGAAAUCGUCUGCCCUAUGAAGAGGGAGCACACUGGGCUCUACUGGUACCGCUGGAACCAGGGCAGGCAACACUUUGAGUUCCUGCUAUUUUCCAAUCCCCUGGGAAAAGCCACUUAUGGCACAAAUAUCAGCCAGGAGAAGUUCAGCAUCCACGGGAUGAGUUCCCACUCCUCCAGUCUGCGCAUCAGCCGGCUGCACGGCUCCGACAACGGCACCUACUACUGCUGUAUCAUCCAGUCCUCCGAGCUCAUCCUGGGCGCUGGGACCCAGCUCAGCGUGGUCGAUGUUUUGCCUCUGCCUUCAACGCUGGCCCCAUUCACCAAGAAACCCAUGCGAUGCAAACCCAACAGCAAAGCCAUCAACAAGAAAGGUGCCUGCAGCCUCCUGGUCUGGGUGCCACUGGCCGCCACUGCCCUGCUGCUCCUGCUGAGCCUGAUCUCCACCAUCCGCCGCUUCUAUCGACUGCAGAGGAAGCUGUGGCUUCGAGCCAACAGAAAGUAAAUCCUGCUGGGAAAAGCUAUGGAGAAUUGCCUGCGUGGUGCUGAGCCCUGCUGGGAUGUGAGCCAGGGAGGACAUUGCAGAGGACUGGAUCAUAUCCUGCACUCUGCUGAGCCUUUCUCAAGGAGACUUUGGGAGCAUAGCAGCUGGCUCUACACUGGGACUGGGGUACCAAAUGGGUGCUGCUGGGCUGGAAAGAUGCUUUGAGCUCUGUGCUGGUUGAUGACUUUGGUAAGGAACACUUUGAGAGGUGGCUGCACACCUCGUAAAGAUGUUAGAAAGGGUAAAUAUAUCAUUCAGCUCUGCA